GUCACAAAACUAACUACAUAAAGUCAAACCGAACACUGUAAACUGUAUUAGUGGUUUUUUGUGUUUCUCACACACAACUUAAUCCAUAAGGUUUAUCAAACAACUACAAAGUAUUCUCACCAUGAACUCAAUCAUGCGUCUUCGUUGUGUCAUGUUAUUUGCAAUUUUUUCCUUUGGUCUCAUCAUUUCAUUACAUGCUGCGUCACCCCCAAGGACAUCUUCCCCGGAUACGCCUCCCUCGAAGCGUCAUAAGUCCUCCGAGGAGGCAGGCAACGAGGAGGCAGGCAACGAGGGGGUGGGGGACGAGGGGGUGGGUGACGAGGUUGAGGAGGAAAAGGAUGAGAAGGACGAGGAUGAGGAGGAUAGGCCCUUGGAUGAAAAUGCCAUUGACGAGGGUUUGAACAGUUAUGACCCGAUAACAAGUCUUCAAUGUAGGCUUAUUGAACCUUAUUUAUAUAAAUGUUUUCAAAAAGAUGAGAAAACUGAUGGUUUUAACUCACAUGAAUUUCAUCCAUUCUAUGCUGAUGUCGUCGAAGAUGCACAAAAAUUAAUAAUAGCCGGCAAAGAUGGCGACGCAAGCGAAAAGUUAAUCACUGCAACACAAGCUAUGGUGGUUCUCGAAGAAGUCGACUGUGCGGAUGUGCUCGAAGACAAAGAAGCAGUGGAUAGUAUGUGGGAAAAUUGGCAUGAUGACACAGUCACAGUCCAAGAAAAAGAGGGUUGUUGA